UCUGAGACUUUAAAAAGCUCGUUCGCUUCAAGGAUCUUGAGUGGAGGCUUAACGGCCCCCAUGCAGUAAUUAAUAAAACGCUUGGCCAAGGCUGGAGCGGAAGAAGUCUGCAGGCGGUCGGGUGUCGAGGUGACAACUAGAGGGAGGAGUGGGGGUGGAGCCGUGGGAGGGGACCCGUCCUUGCUGGGGCAGUGCUGGAGUUGCACCCGAGGAGGCCAGGAGCCGGCUGUUGGCUGUUCACGUCCAUCAUCCCUCAGAGCCAUGAGCCGAAGGAGUCUCUCGCUCCAGUUCCCGCUGCUGCUGCUCUUGCUGCUGCCACCGCAGCCCCCGGUUCUGCUCGCCGAUCCUGGGGUGCCCUCACAGGUCAACCCCUGUUGUUACUACCCGUGUCAGAACCAAGGUGUCUGUGUCCGCUUCGGCCUCGACCACUACCAGUGUGACUGUACUCGCACGGGCUACUCGGGCCCCAACUGUACCAUCCCUGAGAUCUGGACGUGGCUGCGCAGUUCCCUGCGGCCCAGCCCCUCGUUCACCCAUUUCCUGCUGACACACGGCCAGUGGUUCUGGAAGUUUGUGAAUUCCACCUUCAUCCGAGAAGUACUCAUGCGCCUGGUGCUCACAGUACGGUCCAACCUUAUCCCCAGCCCUCCAACCUACAACCUCGCACAUGACUACAUCAGCUGGGAGUCCUUCUCCAAUGUCAGCUACUAUACUCGUGUUCUGCCCUCCGUACCCAAAGACUGCCCCACACCCAUGGGGACCAAAGGGAAGAAACAGUUGCCAGAUGUUCAGCUUCUGGCCCAGCGACUGCUGCUGAGAAGGAAGUUCAUUCCUGCCCCCCAGGGGACCAACAUGAUGUUUGCCUUCUUCGCACAACACUUCACCCACCAGUUCUUCAAGACCUCUGGGAAGAUGGGUCCUGGCUUCACCAAGGCCUUGGGCCAUGGGGUAGACCUUGGCCACAUUUAUGGAGAUAAUCUGGAACGUCAGUAUCACCUGCGGCUCUUCAAGGACGGGAAACUCAAGUACCAGGUGCUGGAUGGAGAAGUGUACCCACCUUCCGUGGAGCAGGCGCCCGUGUUGAUGCGCUACCCACCGGGUGUCCCGCCCACAAAGCAAAUGGUCGUGGGCCAGGAGGUGUUCGGGUUGCUCCCGGGACUGAUGCUUAUCUCCACGAUCUGGCUGCGGGAGCACAACCGAGUGUGCGACCUGUUGAAGGAGGAGCACCCCACUUGGGAUGAUGAGCAGCUCUUCCAGACCACUCGCCUCAUCCUUAUAGGAGAAACCAUCAAAAUAGUCAUUGAGGAAUAUGUGCAGCACUUGAGUGGCUAUUUCCUGCAGCUCAAGUUUGACCCGGAGCUGCUCUUCCGAGCCCAGUUCCAGUACCGCAAUCGCAUCGCCAUUGAGUUCAACCAUCUGUAUCACUGGCACCCACUCAUGCCCGACUCCUUCAAAGUGGGCUCACAGGAGUAUAGCUAUGAGCAGUUUUUGUUUAACACCUCCAUGCUGGUGGACUAUGGUGUUGAGGCACUGGUGGACGCCUUCUCUCGUCAGAGGGCUGGCCGGAUUGGCGGGGGUAGGAACUUUGACCACCACGUUCUGCACGUGGCCGUGGAUAUCAUCAAAGAGUCCCGAGAGAUGCGCCUGCAGCCCUUUAAUGAAUACCGAAAACGAUUUGGCAUGAAGCCUUACAGCUCUUUCCAGGAGCUCACAGGAGAGAACGAGAUGGCUGCUGAGUUGGAGGAGCUGUAUGGUGACAUCGAUGCUGUGGAGUUCUACCCUGGGCUGCUCCUAGAAAAGUGCCAGCCCAAUUCCAUCUUUGGGGAAAGCAUGAUAGAGAUUGGGGCUCCCUUUUCCCUCAAGGGCCUUCUAGGGAACCCCAUCUGUUCCCCAGAGUACUGGAAGCCCAGCACAUUCGGUGGUGACAUGGGCUUCAACCUUGUCAAUACUGCCUCACUGAAGAAGCUGAUCUGCCUCAACACCAAGACCUGCCCCUAUGUUUCCUUCCGUGUGCCACAUUACCCUGGAGAUGAUGGGUCUGUUUUAGAGAGACCAUCCUCUGAGCUCUGAGGGUGCAGGGAAGCAGCCUUCUGGAGGGAGGAGCUUUGCUCCUGAGGUAGACAAGAUGGUCUUCGAUGCUGGCUUCCUGGCUUGGCAUUGUGGGAGUUGCCACUGACAUUUAUAACUUUGGACCUCAUCUUUGUCUAGAAUCUUGUGGGUUUGCCAUUCAAGGACGCUGAAUUCUCUUUUAACUCAGAAAGUUAGGAGUGAUUUUAUUUGGCUUGGCUCCUCAUUGGCAACACAGAAGGUC